UUCCCAAGAGACGGAACUCCUUCUCCAACGGGGAAAAGUGUGACAUUGCUCAGACACAUAGCCAAUCAUUAGCUGUCUAGGAUUUUAAUAUCAUUUCCAUGCAAUUCGUGUGAGCUGAGAGUUUGAGCUUUUCUUGUGGAAAUUAUAAAUAUGGGUCCUUUGGAGAGUCUUCCCAUUGGCAUCAGUUCCUUGGCACGGUUUUCUCCUAGAAAACUGACUUCUAGGGAGGAGGCCUUUGUUUCUUCUCCUGUGUGAAACUAAUUCCAUUCAUGGGGGUCGAGGUUGGCGUUCUAUUGUCAGAAAUUGCAACUUCUGACACCCAUGGUGAAGACUCCCCUUACUUUGCUGGCUGGAAAGCCUAUGAUGAAGAUCCUUAUGAUGCUGUCAGCAAUCCUUCAGGAGUCAUUCAGAUGGGAUUGGCAGAAAACCAAGUUUCAUUUGAUCUACUGGAGAACUAUUUGAAGCAACACCCAGAAAUAUCCAACUGGGGCAGUGGAAUCUCUAGCUUUAGAGAAAAUGCCUUGUUUCAAGACUACCAUGGGCUCAAAACAUUCAGAAAGGCAAUGGCAAGUUUUAUGGAGCAAAUAAGAGGGGGAAGGGCGAAAUUUGACCCUGACCGCAUUGUUCUCACUGCAGGCGCCACUGCAGCAAAUGAGUUGCUGACCUUCAUCUUAGCGGACCCAGGAGAUGCGUUGCUAAUUCCUACUCCUUAUUAUCCAGGAUUCGAUAGAGAUCUAAGAUGGCGAACUGGAGUCAACAUAAUCCCAGUCCACUGCAACAGCUCGAAUGGCUUUCAAAUCACUGUCAAAGCCUUGGAAGAAGCAUACGCAAGAGCUGUAGCCGCGAACAUCAGAGUCAGAGGACUUCUACUGACCAACCCAUCGAACCCACUCGGAACUGCAAUCACAAAGACUGUUCUUGAAGAGAUCCUAGACUUCGCUGCCCGAAAGGACAUCCACUUGAUCUCAGAUGAGAUCUACUCGGGUUCUGUAUUCUCCUCGGCCGAGUUUGUGAGCAUGGCUGAGAUUAUUGAAGCCCGAGGUUAUGAUAAUUCUGACAGGGUUCACAUUGUCUAUAGCCUUUCUAAGGAUCUUGGGCUGCCUGGCUUUAGAGUGGGGACCAUAUACUCAUACAACAAUAGAGUAGUGACGACAGCUAGAAGAAUGUCCAGCUUUACACUUGUCUCAUCCCAGACACAAAAGAUGUUGGCCUCGAUGCUAUCUGAUAGGGAGUUCACAGAGAAUUACAUAAAGACAAAUAGGGAGAGGCUUAGGAAGAGGUAUGAGUAUAUUGUUGCAGGGCUAAAGAAUGCUGGUAUUGAGUGCUUGCGAGGGAAUGCUGGUCUCUUUUGCUGGAUGAAUCUUGGGCCAUUGCUUGAAGAGCCCACAAGAGAAGGUGAACUGAGCCUUUGGAAUUUGAUGCUGCAUGAGGUUAAGCUCAACAUAUCCCCAGGAUCUUCAUGCCACUGUUCUGAAGCUGGUUGGUUUAGGGUGUGCUUUGCCAAUAUGAGCCAGCAGACAUUAGAUAUAGCACUAAGAAGAAUACAAGUAUUCAAGGAGAAAAGGAAGACGAUAAAAGGGCAAGCUUUGCUGUGAAUAUUUUUUUUCUUUUCCACCUAUUCUUUCAAUUGUAACAUCCUCUCUCUCUCUCUCUCUCUCUUGUGGGAAGGUUAUUUUUUGGAGGGGGUACUGGAGUAGCUCAUCUUUUUUUCCCUUAUCCAGCAAAUUUCGGACCCUUCACUCAUUUUACCUAAAUAAUAU